GCACCGCAGUCGGCGGCCUCUCCCGAGCCGCUGCGGCUUCCCCGCGCUGUGAGUGGUCGGCUAGACCGACGGCUGGCUAAAUUGGUGGGAGGCUGUGCUGGUGAGAAGCGACUGGCAAGAGGCUCAGAGGCGACCAUAAUGUUAAGGUUCCACACACUGCCCACCCUGCCUAGAGCUGUCAAACCGGGUUGCAGAGAGCUGCUGUGUCUGUUGGUGAUCGCAGUGAUGGUGAGCCCCAGCUCCUCAGGACUGUGCCCUACGGCUUGCAUCUGUGCCACUGACAUUGUAAGCUGCACCAACAAAAACCUGUCUAAGGUGCCUGGGAACCUUUUCCGACUGAUUAAAAGACUGGAUCUGAGCUAUAACAGAAUCGGACUCCUGGAUGCCGACUGGAUUCCGGUGUCGUUCGUCAAGCUGAGCACCCUGAUUGUUCGCCACAACAACAUCACCAGCAUUUCCACGGGCAGCUUCUCCACCACCCCAAAUUUAAAGUGUCUCGACUUAUCGUCCAAUAGGCUGAAGUCGGUGAAAAGUGCCAUGUUCCAGGAGCUAAAGGUCCUGGAAGUGCUCCUGCUCUACAACAACCACAUUUCCUAUCUGGACCCGGCAGCGUUCGGAGGACUCUCCCACUUGCAGAAACUCUACCUGAGUGGGAACUUCCUCACGCAGUUCCCUAUGGAUUUGUAUGUCGGGAGGUUCAAGCUGGCUGAUCUGACGUUUUUAGAUGUUUCGUACAAUCGAAUUGCUUCCAUACCAAUGCACCACAUAAAUUUAGUGCCGGGAAAGCAGCUGAGAGGCAUCUUCCUUCACGGGAACCCUUUCGUCUGUGACUGCUCCCUGUACUCCUUGCUGACCUUCUGGUACCGUAGACACUUUAACUCAGUGAUGGAUUUUAAGCAUGACUACACCUGUCGCCUGUGGUCGGACUCGAGGCACUCCCACCAGCUGUUGCUGCUCCAGGAUAGCUUUCUGAACUGUUCUCACAGCGUCAUCAACGGCUCCUUCCACGCACUUGGCUUUAUCCACGAGGCUCAGGUUGGGGAAAGGGCGAUUGUCCACUGUGACAGCAAAACCGGUAACGGGAACACCGAUUUCAUCUGGGUGGGUCCCGACAACAGGCUGUUGGAGCCGGAUAAAGACAUGGGGAACUUUCGCGUGUUUUACAACGGAAGCCUGGUUAUAGAGAACCCUGGUUUUGAGGACGCCGGGGUUUACUCCUGUAUCGCCAUGAACAGGCAGCGCCUGUUGAAUGAGACGGUGGACAUCAUGAUAAACGUGAGCAAUUUCACCAUAAACAGAUCCCACCACGCCCACGAGGCAUUUAACACGGCUUUCACCACCCUGGCUGCCUGCGUGGUCAGUAUCGUCCUAGUGCUACUGUACCUGUACCUGACACCGUGUCCCUGCAAAUGUAGAGACAAGAGACAGAAAAACGUACUGAACCAAAGCAACGCCCAUUCGUCCAUUCUCAGUCCCGGCCCCACCCGGGAUGCCUCUGCUGACGAUCGGAAGGCAGGUAAAAGAGUGGUGUUUUUGGAGCCCCUGAAGGAUCCAGCGGCGGGACAGAAUGGAAAAGUCAAGCUUGUCCCCAGUGAGACCGUUAUAGCCGAGGGCAUCUUAAAGUCCUCCAGGGCAAAAUCUGACUCAGACUCGGUCAAUUCCGUGUUCUCAGACACACCCUUCGUGGCAUCCACUUAACCGUGUGCCUGUGUUCGUCUGGUGUCGUGAUCUGACCUCUCCCUACCCAACUGCAGUCCACGAAAUUAGUAGCAGGAGAGAAACCGUUUUGUCUUUUUGAGAGAAAACCAAAUGGUGUCUUUAUGAUGGUUGCUAGGAAGUGAGGCAGAGCACCCUGGUUGCUUCCUCAUGCUGGGUAAAGAUGCAGUUGAUUUUGAGAGUCUUAAGUUCCCAGUAACAGCCAUCAGCAUCUUUGAGGAUUUCAGGCUGGCCUGAAGGCGGUAGGACCAGCCAUUAUCUCUUUAUCUGGUUAUCUCGGAGGAAAAAAAAAAAUAAAGCUAUGUGUUAGCAUUCUUUAAAAAUAGAACCUUUUAACUUACUAGAGCCAAAGUUGAGCUGAGCUUUUUUUAUUUUUAAGAAAAACAUGAGUGGCUUCUUUCCCUUCUAAAAGAUGUAGAAGGAAGAAUCGGUUAUUUAUAGAUCAUAAAGUUAGCAUAGAGGUUUUUCAGCUGAAACCAUCAUUUCGGACCAGGAUAGACACACUAGUAACAUCCACAGAAUCAUGCCCCGUCCCAUGGAGUGCACAGGGGCCUAGCUUUUAGCUGUCUUCUCCGUCAUCUCUGUGCUGUAUCCUGGUACAAAAGAUGCCCCCCGAAAAGUUAAAGGUGUCUUUAUGUGUUGCCAAGAGUAUGUGUCACUGCCAAACUGUCUGAGUCACUCCCUACGCCCUCACCGCAGCAGACUCAGGUUUGUCCACCUGCGUGUGUAUAUGUAAAACCUUAAGUCCUAUGAAUGGCCGUAUAGACCCCAAUGUACUGUAUUCCAGACAUUUAAAUCAGCGUAAAUACACGUGCUCUGUGACUUCGUG